GUCUCCCUUCACGUGACCGCCAGGCAGCGGCAGGCAGAGGGAGGCAAGAUGGCCGCCGCUGGGGGUGCUUGGUGAGGGCGCUCGGAGCGCCGCUGCCCUGUCACUGCCCGCUCCGACGGGGAGUCACCGCACGGCCAACACCAACGGCUCCGUGGUAAACUUUGUUACAGGAACAUUCUAAGUACUGUGUGAAGAUGGCGAGUCUGAUGAGUCAGAGUCUGCUGACCUAUGCAGAAGAAGGCAAUGUUCCUGCUCUGAAAGCACUGCUGGAGAAGUGCAGGGACGUAGAUGAGAGAAAUGAGAAUGGCCAGACUCCACUCAUGUUGGCUGCUGAGCAAGGCAAUUUAGAAAUUGUCCAGGAGCUUCUCAAGAAGGGAGCUAAUUGCAACUUGGAGGAUGCGGAUAACUGGACAGCUCUUAUUUCAGCAGCUAAAGAAGGACACACAGCCAUCGUAGCAGAACUUCUCAGUUAUGGAGUCAAUUUGGAGCACAGGGAUUUGGGAGGAUGGACUGCUCUGAUGUGGGCCUCGUAUAAAGGCCGUACCGAAGUAGCUAAGCUGCUGCUUGAGAAAGGAGCAAAUCCAAACAUCACUGGCAUGCAAUACAGUGUUUAUCCAAUUAUUUGGGCAGCAGGACGGGGUCACUCAGAUAUAGUACAUCUCUUACUGCAGCAUGGAGCUAAAGUGAACUGCUCUGACAAAUAUGGAACCACCCCCCUGGUCUGGGCAGCUAGGAAAGGCCAUUUGGACUGUGUGAAAUACUUGCUGCAAAUGGGAGCUGAUGUUGAUCAAGAAGGAGCUGUAAGGGGUGACCUUACAGCUCUCUACAACUACCUGAAGGGAGGCUGGUGCUACACGGGACUCUGUGAGGAAAUACUGUAAAACCGGAACCCAAAAUGUGAACUUAAACCGAUAAAGAUGGGAAUACAGCUUCUGAUGAUUGCCUCAAAGGAAGGGCAUACUGAAAUCGUGCAGGAAUCGCUUGAUGCUGGAACUUACGUGAAUAUUCCUGACAGAAGUGGAGACACGGUGCUGAUUGGGGCUGUUAGAGGAGGUCAUGUUGAAAUUGUGAGGGCCCUGCUCCAUAAGUAUGCUGAUAUAGACAUCAGAGGUCAGGAUAAUAAAACUGCUUUGUAUUGGGCAGUUGAGAAAGGAAAUGCUACAAUGGUGAGGGACAUCUUGCAGUGCAACCCUGAUACUGAAACAUAUACAAAGGAUGGAGAGACACCACUUAUCAAGGCAACCAAGAUGAGAAAUAUUGAAAUAGUAGAGCUUCUUCUGGACAAAGGAGCAAAGGUCUCUGCUGUAGACAAGAAAGGAGAUACCCCACUUCAUAUCGCUAUUCGGGGAAGAAGCCGUAAACUUGCUGAACUACUCUUGCGAAACCCAAAAGAUGGUAGAUUGCUUUAUAGACCCAACAAAGCAGGAGAAACACCUUACAACAUUGACUGCAGCCACCAGAAGAGUAUUUUAACGCAGAUAUUUGGAGCUAGACACUUGUCUCCCACGGAAUCUGAUGGCGACAUGCUGGGUUAUGAUCUGUACAGCAGUGCUUUGGCAGAUAUUCUGAGUGAACCAACCAUGCAGCCACCUAUUUGUGUGGGUUUAUAUGCUCAAUGGGGAAGUGGAAAAUCUUUCCUGCUCAAGAAACUAGAAGAUGAAAUGAAGACUUUUGCAGGACAGCAGAUUGAACCUCUGUUUCAGUUUUCCUGGCUGAUUGUGUUCCUCACACUUUUGCUCUGUGGAGGUUUGGGUUUAUUGCUUGCUUUCACAGUGGAUGCAAAGCUCGGAAUAGCAGUGUCACUCAGCUUAUUAGCAGUGCUCUACAUUUUCUUCACUGUAAUUUAUUUCGGUGGUCGAAGAGAAGGUGAGAGCUGGAACUGGGCCUGGGUACUAAGUACAAGACUGGCAAGGCACAUUGGAUACUUAGAGUUGCUUCUCAAACUCAUGUUCGUAAACCCACCAGAGUUACCAGAGCAAACCACUAAAGCUUUACCUGUGAGAUUUUUGUUCACGGACUACAAUAGACUGUCCAGUGUAGGUGGAGAGACUUCGCUGGCUGAGAUGAUUGCUACCCUCUCUGAUGCAUGUGAAAGAGAAUUUGGUUUCUUAGCAACAAGGCUAUUUCGAGUUUUCAAGACAGAAGAUACACAAGGUAAAAAGAAAUGGAAGAAAACAUGCUGUCUCCCAUCCUUUGUGAUUUUCCUGUUCAUAUUGUCCUGUGUUGUUUCUGCGAUUGCCCUGCUGGCCAUUUUUAAUGUAGAGCCAACAAACAUGACAGUGAAUGCUAUUCUUAUAUCAGUUACAUGUGUUGUUGGCUUGGCCUUUAUCUUGAAUUGUCGAACAUGGUGGCAAGUGAUGGAUUCAGUUUUGAAUUCCCAAAGAAAACGUCUUCACCACGCUGCCUCCAAGCUUCACAAGCUGAAAAGUGAGGGAUUCAUGAAGGUUUUGAAAUGCGAAGUGGAGCUGAUGGCCAGAAUGGCAAAAACCAUUGAUAGCUUCACUCAGAAUCAGACAAGACUUGUUGUAAUUAUUGAUGGAUUGGAUGCUUGCGAGCAGGACAAAGUUUUACAAAUGCUCGAUACUGUGCGUGUCUUGUUUUCCAAAGGCCCAUUUAUUGCUAUUUUUGCGAGUGACCCACACAUCAUUAUAAAAGCUAUUAACCAGAAUCUCAACAGUGUCCUACGUGACUCAAACAUAAACGGACACGAUUACAUGCGGAAUAUAGUCCAUUUGCCUGUUUUUCUGAAUAGUCGAGGACUAAGUAAUGCAAAAAAGCUGAUGGUAGCUUCAACAACCAAUGGGGACGUUCCUUACACAGACAACGCAGGAUUGCAUGAAGAGAUUGACAGAAGAGUUUCUCAGAACAGUCUUGGAGAGAUGACCAAGCUUGGCAGCAAAACGGCUCUCAAUAGGCGGGAUACUUACCGAAGACGUCAGAUGCAGCGCACCAUUACUCGCCAGAUGUCCUUUGACUUGACCAAGCUUUUGGUUACAGAGGAUUGGUUCAGUGAUAUCAGUCCUCAGACCAUGAGAAGAUUACUAAAUAUAGUUUCGGUGACAGGUCGCUUAUUGAGAGCAAAUCAAAUCACCUUCAAUUGGGAUAGGCUUGCUAGUUGGAUCAAUCUCACAGAGCAGUGGCCAUAUAGAACGUCGUGGCUCAUACUGCAUCUUGAAGAGACUGAAGGUGUUCCAGAUCAGCUGACUUUAAAAACCAUCUAUGAGAGAAUUUCAAAGAAUAUUCCUACAACUAAAGAUGUUGAGCCACUGCUUGAAAUUGAUGGAGAUAUACGGAACUUUGAAGUAUUUUUGUCUUCACGAACACCUGUUCUUGUAGCACGUGAUGUAAGAACCUUUUUGCCAUGUACUGUCAACUUGGAUCCCAAACUACGAGAGAUCAUUGCAGAUGUUCGUGCUGCAAGAGAUCAAAUGAAUAUAGGAGGACUUCCUUAUCCCACAUUGCCUUUACACGAGGCACCUGGCAGAGCAGCGUCUCUGUUCAGUCAGCCUUCAUCUGCCUGUUCUUCUACAACCUCUUUCAAUGGACCUUUCAACAGUGGAGUUCUGUCACCCCAACCUCACAGCAGUUACUAUAGUGGUAUGACAGGACCUCAGCAUCCAUUUUACAAUCGGCCAUUCUUUGCCCCAUGUCUUUACAUGCCAAGGUAUUACCCUGGCAGUUCUCAUCUCAUCUCACGUCCACUAAAAACGAGUUUGUCCAGAGAUCAGAGCAAUGGCCUAGAUGUUAUCAAGGAGGAUGCUGAUGAGGGGCUUUCUUCACCCACAGACCCCUCAAUGCUGUGUAAGUCUGGGUUAAGCAGACCAAGACAGGGAGGAGGAGGAGCAGGUGCAGGACCAACCACAGGAGUUUCACAUGUCUCUCUGAGCUCAAUGAGUGUGGAAGCUGUAUGUGAGAAGCUAAAGCAAAUAGAUGGAUUGGACCAGAGUAUGCUGCCUCAGUACUCUGCAAUUAUAAGAAAGGCAAAUAUAAAUGGCCGCGUCUUGGCUCAGUGCAACACCGAUGAACUGAAAAAAGAAAUGAAUAUGAAUUUUGGUGACUGGCACCUGUUCAGGAGCACGAUACUUGAAAUGAGAAAUUCAGAAAAUCAGGCUGUUCAGGAAGAUCCUCGAGGAGCAGCUGAACACGUCACCUCUGCAGUUUCUCAUAGUGAACUUGCUCGCCGUCCUGGGCAUAGCACUGAGUUGCCUCACACUGAGCUUACAGGUCUUUCUGGUCAAGCUCCCUAUACACUUAACUUCAGCUUUGAAGAACUCAACACAAUUGGUCUUGAUGAAGCUCCUCCACGCCAUAGUAACUUAAGUUGGCAGUCACAAACUCGCAGAACACCAAGCCUUUCAAGUCUUAACUCUCAAGACUCGAGUAUUGAAAUAUCAAAGCUCACUGACAAGGUACAAGCAGAAUAUAGAGAUGCAUACAGAGAAUAUAUUGCUCAGAUGUCACAAUUAGAAGGAGGUGCCAGUUCCACUACCGUAAGUGGAAGGUCUUCCCCUCACAGUUCAAGUGCUUUUUAUAUGGGUCAGAGUACAUCGGGGGGAUCCUUGCAUUCCAGUGCAGAACAAGAGAAAGUAAAAGAUGGUGAGCAGAAACAAGAUGAUGGAAGAAAGUCCUUCCUUCUGAAGAGGAAUGAUGUUAUUGAUUAUAGUACUUCAGGUGUUUCUACUAACGAUGCAUCUCCUUUGGAUCCAAUUACUGAAGAAGAUGAAAAAUCUGAUCAGUCCGGUUCCAAGCUUCUACUGGGAAAGAAAUCAUCAGAAAGAACAAGUAUUUUCCAGGCUGCAGAUUUAAAGCUUAAGGGAGUUACUCUCCGGUAUCAGAAACUUCCAAGUGAUGAAGAUGAGUCAGGAACUGAAGAGUCAGAUAACACUCCGCUUCUUAAGGAAGGUAAAGAUAAGAAAACAGACGGAAAAGCAGACAAACAACCCAAGUCUCCAGAACAUGGAUCUGAACCUAUUAGAACCUUCAUCAAAGCCAAGGAGUACUUGACAGAUGCGCUUUUGGAUAAAAAAGAUUCUUCUGACUCUGGUGUAAGAUCUAAUGAAAGUUCUCCCAAUCACUCUCUCCAUAACGAAGGAACAGAUGAUUCGCAGCUUGAAAAGGCCAAUCUCAUUGAGCUUGAAGAUGACAGUAAUAGUGGAAAGAGAGGAAUUCCACACAGCCUUAGUGGCCUUCAAGAUCCAGCCGUUGUUCGCAUGUCAAUUUGCUCAGAAGAUAAGAAGAGCCCAUCAGAAAGCAGCCUGAUAGCAAGUAGCCCAGAAGAAAACUGGCCAGCCUGCCAGAAGGUCUAUAAUUUAAAUAGAACCCCCAGUACAGUAACCCUGAAUAAUAACAGCGCUCCAAACAAUCGAGCCAAUCAAAAUUUUGAAGAGAUACAAGGUAUGAGAGAUCCAUCUCAGAUCAUCCUGAACCCGAGUUCAGGUGCCAAUUCAACUGCCGUUCAGAAUGAGAACCUGAAAAGUGUUGCUCACAAGCGGAGCCAGCGUUCCAGUUACACACGGCUUUCGAAAGAUUCAUCAGAGCUCCACACUGUCACUGCCUCAGACGGGGCUGGUUUUGGAGAAGAAAGAGAGAGUAUCCUUUAAAGAAAUGAGAUUCAAACAGAAUGCCCACGUGUUGUAGCUUGCUUGGAACUUGUUGUCAGUGUGUGGUUACAUUAAGCGAUGUAGUUUAGGUUUUCAGUUCUGUACUUAGAAAAUUUAGAUUAUUUUCAUUCAUUUUCUUGAAGAAGUAAUCUUUAAACAAAUUAUUUCAGACCUUCCCUACUAAUUAAACUAAUGCUUGUCAGCAUGGAAAAACAGUUCCCUAAGAUGCUGUGCAAGUGUUUGGUCAGAGACAUACAUUGCAGAAGUGCAUACACUUUAAUCAUUAAAAUGUGAUUUUAUUUUUCUGUUGGGUUAUGUAAUACUUACCCCUCCAGAACAUUCCAUUUUAGUCUUACAUACUUACAUAUUUAAAAUUAAGACCGCGCAUCUUUGCCAUUUAACAUGAGUUGCCAGAAGAUGGAAUCUCACAGCCUGUGACAUCCACAUUAAACUUUACAAUAAGUAGUAGGAUAAGGUGUGCGACAUUUGUUGAAAUGAAACAUGUUGAAAUGUUGAGUGUUAAGGUACCUGUUUGGCUGUGUGUAUGCUUUCGUUCGCCGUAUGUUCAGUAAUUGCAGUUGAAUUUGUGAAGUUUGGGUAGAGUGGUGAUAAGGUUUUUAAGGAACGUUGUCUUGAUGUGUUGUUGGAAUUGGCAGUAAUUUAUAAGAAAAAUGCCUCCCCAUUGACUUAGCGAGUCAGUUAUUUAUUAUAGGUACGUCAUUUUGUAGUUUCUGGUCUAAGUAGAUGCAAACACCUAAGCUAUAUUAAAAUAUUACAAGGAUAAAGUGUGAACGUGAUAUCUGAACGUAAGGAGUAUCUGUUGCUGUGCAUGAUAUUUCCUUGGUACAGUGUUUAUCAUUUGGUUCCAGAAAGAAAAGCGAGUAGUGUUUGCCAUUUUUAAGGUAAUAUGUACUUUAUGAAAUUCAGUCAGAGCUGUGUGGCAGCUUCUUUAUUUCUGAAGUACGGUAUUUAAAAGUUUUGAUGUCAUCCAAGUACCUGCUUGUUAUUGUAGUAAAUACCUGUAAUGGUCCAGUGAAAUCUGCAUGAUUACAAGGGAAGAACUGUUCAAAUUAAACUCUGGUAGUUCAAAGAGAAUAAAAAAAUAAAUCGUCCUUCUGGAUUUGUGUCCAAA